UCCUCCUCUUCCUGGUCACGCUGUGACUUUCUCCCUCCCCUUCUGUUCCUCGUAUAAACCCAAACGAUAAACUGUUCUGCUCUGCUCUCUAUCUCGAGCUUGUAAGUUCUGAUCACUUCUGUUCACCUUUAGCAUCUUUCUUCACUUCUAACGACAGGAGUAAGCGCUAGCAGCUGACGGUAGCGUGGCUCAGUCCCUCAGGCGGUUUAUUCACCUCCUGUCCUUUCGUCCCUGACCCUCUGCUCACGAUGGAGAGAGUUCAAAACAUCACCCGCUCAGCCAUACGCAGGGCGUCUGUCAUCGAGGUGAACCCGCAGACCAAGCGCAACCUGCAGGAGCUCUUCAUCAACUUCUCGCUCAUCCUCAUCUGCCUGCUCCUCAUCUACAUCAUCGUUCUGCUGUUGUGAAGAUGGAGGACGACAUGUGGAAAAGGAUCCCGAGGACCCAAGAACAGGACUUUCCUCACAUUAUUGCUAGCUUUCAUCACAGUGUGUGAUCAUAUUGCGAAUUUAGCAUUAUAGAAUGUUCUAGAUAUUUUGAUUUCUUAUCAUUUUCAUAUACCUUAUCACUACUCCAGAUGUCCAUAUGUUUAUUUUUCACACACAUUAUUAUCCUUAAAAAAAAAAAAAAAUUUCAUUAUAGGAUACUGUCUCAGAAAUAAUAGGAUCAAGUAAAUAAAAUUAAAGGUGCAAUGUGUAAUUUUUAAGUGUAUACUUUUCUAGAUGUAUAACAAUUAUAAAAUAUAUUGAAUGUUCAAUGUUCACAAUAUCGCUGUGCAAUGGAUCUCACUCAUUUUGGUAUCUGGCUUCUGCUUCUGCAAAAAAAAAUAAUUCUGGCCCGGAAUUGACCAUCAACCUCAUCAAAGAACUGCUUAAAAAGAAACUUAUAACAGGAGAAGGCUGGGCAAAAUUUUAAUCACUUCUGGAAUCUCUUCUUUCCAAGCAAAAAAUUUGAGCUAUUAGAAAAAUGAUUUUACACAAUAGUUUAGCUUCCAAAAAAUAAAAAUAAAAAAAUCCUGUUUUGCUUUUGUUUCCUACUUUGUAAAUAAAGCAUGUAGAAAAAUCACAAUGAAA